AUCAACUUUUGUCGGCCUCGUGCUUUGCACCCUCAUCUCAUCAUACUUCCGAUACAAAAACGUUCUUAGGAAAGUCUCAUUUCUGGCCAUACAAAGUUACAAACACAGUCACUCCAUUUUGAUUCACAUUUCCCCCUCUCCGUCAUUAAAUGCUAAUUCAAUCCUCAAGAAAUCACAAAUGAUGAUUUUCUCUCCUGUUGCAUCAUCUUCAUUACCUGCUCUUUAUCUCUCAACAAAACAUCCUUAUCUUCGCUUCUCAAAACUGGGAUUAUCAAUUCGCUCUUCUUCUUCUUCUUUAUCGGUUUUAAACAAAUCAAAAUCGAUUCAGUUCGAUCUAAAGACUUAUUGGACAACCCUCAUAGCAGAGAUAAACCAGAAGCUAGACCAGGCCAUUCCGGUUCAGUUUCCAGAGCAGAUCUAUGAGGCCAUGAGAUAUUCAGCUCUCGCCAAGGGAGCCAAACGAGCCUCGCCGGUCAUGUGCGUGGCCGCAUGCGAGCUCUUCGGUGGUAACCGCCUCGCUGCCUUCCCUACUGCCUGUGCUCUUGAAAUGGUUCAUGCAGCUUCAUUGAUACAUGAUGACCUUCCCUGCAUGGAUGAUGACCCAUCACGCCGAGGCCAGCCCUCAAACCACACAGUUUAUGGUGUUGACAUGGCAAUCCUUGCUGGAGAUGCACUCUUCCCUCUUGGUUUCCGCCACAUUGUUUCUAAUACACCCUCAGAUCUUGUUCCAGAGAUGCGCCUUCUCCGUGUGAUUGCUGAGAUAGCCCGUGCCGUGGGAUCAACAGGAAUGGCUGCCGGUCAGUUUGUUGAUCUUGAGGGUGAUCUCAACUCUGUAGGGUUUGCUCAAGAGAAAAAAUUUGGCGAAAUGGGCGAGUGCUCUGCAGCUUGUGGAGGAUUGUUGGCUGGUGCUGAAGAUGAUGAGAUACAAAGAUUGAGGAGGUACGGAAGAGCUGUUGGAGUAUUGUAUCAAGUGAUUGAUGAUGUUUUAGAAGCAAAAAUGAUGAAUAAAGAAGAUGAGGAGAAGAGAAAUAAAGGGAAGAGCUUUGUCAGUUUAUAUGGGAUUCAGAAGGCAAUGGAGAUAGCAGAAGAGCUGAAAACUAAAGCUAAAAAGGAAUUGGAUGGUUUCGAGAAGUAUGGUGAGAGUGUGGUGCCACUAUAUAGCUUUGUAGAUUAUGCUGCUGAUAGAGGUUUCAAUGUUGGAGAAUUGAGUUGAUAAAACGGCUUGCGCAAUGGUAGAGAAAUUUGGCUCGAGUAUAGUUUAUAGCUCGGAUGGGUAGCACUAAUGUUUUGAUGGGAAUUUUCAUGUUUUAGGUGAAGCUCUUUUAGCUGUCCUUGUAUGUUGGUCGAGGUUAAGCAUUUGUAUUUACGCUGCAAGAACCAGCAAACAAAAAGCGAAGGAAUCAAAAAAACUUAUUUGGUAAUUUACUUUUAUAA